GUUUUCUUUCCUUCCUCUCCCUUCUCAUGACCCCCUAAUUACAUUCUCAUUUUUUUUAAACCACACUCAACCCGCUCUUCAUGCCUUUCUUUAAUUCCUCCCCCUCAUCACUAUAUUAUGUUCUCUCCACUCUCUUUUCCCUUCCCAUCCCCCUCCUCCUCACUCAAGUACCAACCUGUCUCUCUAGUCUCAAGAGAGAGAGAGAGAGGAGGAUUAGAGAUGGCUUGCUGCAAUGGAGAGGAUAUGGCUUCCCAAGGGGAAGAGGCUUCACUGGAGAAAAAAUAUGGUGGAAUUGCGCCUAAAAAGAAACCCUUGAUAUCAAAGGCAGGAGAAGCCAAUGGAGGAUGCACAAAGAAACGAACUCUCAAUUCUGAAAGGGACCAUGAGAGAUCCUACUUUGAUUCUGCUGACUGGGCCCUUGGUAAGCAAGGAGCCAAUCUUAAAACAGGAACUGCCAUUGAAUUGCUGAAGCCCAAAUUGCAGCGGACACCUCAUCAUCAACUUCCCCCUCGAAACCCUAAGUGCACCUCUUCAGGGGAGAGCAGGGCUUAGUAGGUCCAUUCAGAUUGAAGAGACUGCUGGUGUGUACAACUCUGCAGAAGUCUAUUCAAAUGAGAAGGCAUGUACUUUGUUCAAAUGAGAAGGCAUGGACUUAGUGCUAGGUGUGAUGUAUAUAUUUAGUCAUCUGAGUUGCUGCAGUCCAUGGGCUGAUUCUAAACAGUUGACCAUAUUCAAUAGAAAUCCUGCAUUUUAGUAAAGCAAGUUUCUUUUAUUAUUUA